CGGAGCAUUGCCCUGCCAGCCACACUUUCCCCUGCACCAUCGCGACAAGAUGGACACCAAGGCUGUGGUACAACUCGUUGACGAGUUACAGGAGAAUCUGGAGGACCUUGAAGAUAACCUCGAACCAGUCCUUAGCGGCGCUCUUUCCGCCACCACGAAAAAGCUGCCCUUGCUCGACCGCGCAAAACUCAAUGUCCUCCUUGUCUACUCGAUCGAGUCCUUGAUUUUCUCCUACCUCAGGCUGCAUGGUGUCCAAGCGAAAGAGCAUGCUGUCUUCAAAGAGUUGACAAGAGUCAAGCAGUAUUUUGAGAAGAUCAAGCAAAGCGAAGCCACACAGCAGAGUUCUCGGCCAACUCUCUCGCUGGACAAAGAUGCUGCCGGAAGAUUCAUCAAGCAUGCUCUGGCGGGGAAUGAAAAAUACGAUCUACAACGCGCCGAGCGCGAGGCACGAGAGAGAGUCCUCGCAAAUAAAAGGCUAAAGGAUCUCGAGGCUGCUAUGAAGGCAAAAGCCGAGGCAAAUGCGAGCGCAGGCGAACCAUCCGAUGCCACUGAUGUACUAGAGCAAGUUGCUCAACUAGUCGCAGUCCCAUUGAAAGAUACGCCCUCUUCGGAGGCCCUGGCUGACAGCGACUCUGAUGGCGACGACAACAGCACAGAUCCAACGGAACAGCCACAGCCGCAGGAGGGCAAAAAGCGGAAAAAUAGAUCCAGAAGCAAGCCACAGAGGACAAAAAGAAAGAGAGAAACCGAUGUCCAGGAUCGAGGGAAUGAGGAUCAAGCGCAGCCGGCCGCAGGAAACAAGAUGUCCAAGAAGGCAACAAAGAAGACGAAACGAACUUAGAAUGCUGCUUCUACAACAGGCUGACCGUAUUCGUUGGCAGCCGCGGCACUUUCACCGGGAUAUGAUCCUACCGCAGAUGGCCUGGUAGAAAACAUCGCUGCGUGUCCCAUUCCCUCAUAGCCUUUUACUCGUCGAAUAUUUUGAUCGACAAGGCAUUCCAUCAAGAAUGCAGACUCUAUCCCGAAAGGCGGAUUUGCAUGAUACCCAUCGACACUGCCGGAGAGAGCACGGGACGAUGUUGGAAGGCGCUUCAUGGUCGAGCCGAUGGGAGGUUUCCACUCCAGCCGGAAUAUGCUGAGGUAGUUAUUCCAUACAGCGGCUUAUUCAGUUCGCGGCUAUAAUCAUCGGAACCGUUGUGCUGCCACCCAAGGGAACAUCUAUCCAAGGAUGAAUCCUGCACGUCAGAUAUUCGCUGUGCCUAUCGUUGAGCACAGAACACACCCACAUUCCGUUGAAGGAGUUGUUUGUGACAGCACGAGCCAGAAUUAUACCAUUUGCGGUUCGGUUCGGUUGGUCUCUUAUGUGACUUGACACAUUUGCUCUAAUCAACAAAUGUUCAAGCCCAUUCCAGACUUUGCCUAUCGAUACUUCGUUACGCCUUUCUGAUGUUGUACGACACAGGCCUGCUGAAAUGGAUACUCGACCCAAACUUUCUCUCUUUCGGGUUCUUGAUCUUCUCUGACUGGGUUGCACUAAAUGCUCGUGCUUUUGCUUGGGCACGGUCCAACUUGCCGGGCUCAUGUGGCAUUUGAAAACUGGCUAGCAAUAAUUGCGAAAAAAGUUUGGAAAGACGUGACUCAACCCUGGAACACCGUCAACCACAUGUGUUCAGCUGACCAGGCGUUGCUGCUGACCCUUGCGUUGUUCCGCUCAAACAGGUCACCUUCCUGGAGGUCUGCUGGUAUCGUGGUUGUCAGUGCGUGGAUGAAACGUCGGGCUGCGGUUUCCGAGGAUCUUGAUCAUGCAGGUUUCGAGGCUGAUAAUGAUAAUGGUUCAAAUAUUGACUCGGGACAAGUGUGAACAUUCCUAUAAACAGUGGUAUGUCGAGGGGUCAACCCACUGGGACACUUUCGGUGAGAAAAGCUCAAAUCCGAAGCUCGUCCACAAUCCGCUUGUAUUUUCUCAUCUGACGCGACGCUUGGACCCUCCUUUACCACCACCACUGCCCAUAUUCACGGACCCCAGCGAGGCUCGAGAUAUAUCUUCUGACUACGGAGUACAUCUAGUUGGAUGUAAGUUUCGCCAGCCACCGAACCUUAUAUCGACUAGCACCAGCCCCUCGUCAAUCAGAUGAUCGUCUCUUGAUGAUCGACCCUCCGCCAGCCCAGCCCAGUCGAUAUAUGCUUUACAUGGCAGACCAUAUUACCGUGCGAUCGUUGCGAUUGGUUGACGAGGCUGCGCAUAGACAAAGUACGCUAUAUCCUGCAGGGGGAAAAUGUUGAGCCGGAAGGAUAUACCUCGUGAAUAUAAGAACCAGAGGAUGUGCGCUGACAAGGGUUCCGGAAACCCUCUUCAACGAUUGCCUUCUGGUCGUUGGCUCCAGCACACAGCUUGUUGUUAUACAAAACGAUGCUCAACUUGGUCCUUCGUCUGGUCGCUGUCGCGGCCUGUGCGUUGGGGGUUGCCAUAUGUGCCUAUAUCAGCGAAGAGAUCCUGAAGGAUGAACCUUGCGCUAUAUGUAUCGACCCGGCCACGCAGAGAUGUGACACCACGAGGGCACCCAAAAUGGCCAUGUCAGAACGGGAGGUGGUGGAAGUCGGUGCAUGUUCGCUCGCCUGCCACAACCUGGACUGGGGGAAGAUGCUUCCCCUUCUGGACACUUCAGCAUUCCGCACCCGCUUCAUCAGCCUCUUCAGAAAGUCUUUGGGCACCAUUGUCGACCGUUCCCUGCACGUGCGGUUCACCAGAGAGUCUCCUUCGCCUGCUACGAUGACUGAAUUGUAAGUCGCCGUAGAGGAACGAUGUGAAGGCCACGAAAGCAUUGAGCCAUGGGCCCGUGUCAGAGAUCAAAUCCUGAUGCUUGAGCCGGGACGAUAUGGAAGGCCACCUGCUCUCGAGCAUCUCCACCCGAGAGGGAGACAUUUGAUCUCGAGUCCUUAUCGGCGUUUCCGACCAUAUAUAUAUCAUGCCCGGGGUUCAAGAAGCCAUUAACCACGCUUCCGCCACUCACUAUCGUCUUACAAGGGAAACGAACGAAAACCGUGUCCGGCCACCGUCCGUGCCGGUCCUGAAAUUGACGUCAUUCGCUAUCAUAUCAAGAUGGAGGUCUGGGGCCGCUGUUGCCUUCAUUCCUGUUCCCCGUCCGACCGAGAGGAUAUGGACCAGGCUAAGGCCAGGAAAGCGGAGAGUCAGGAGCUCACACAAAUUUCACAGGAUGUCCUGAGUGUUUGCACGUCGGAUCCGAAAGGCGGAGGAAGUUGAAGGAGAGAAACCCAUCAAUUGGCUGGUCUCCUCUCCUCAUGCUCAGCCUCGCCGGCAUACGAGUAUAUUUGGACGCAAACCAAUAGUCCGGAAGAUGCUGGAAACCAUAGUCGACUGAAAGGAAAGAGUGGCAUGUUUUUUUGCCUUAGCUGUUGGGGAUAUACCCACCCUCAUUGAAUUGCCAUACCACAUUAGAGUCAUCCAUUUGUUCGUUGAGUUCCAU